AUGCCCUGCCCGAGAUCGAUCCUCGCCGCCCAAUCCACGUGGCAGCUCAGGUUCCUCUCUCAACCCGACGAUUUCUACUUCAACACUCUCCAGUCCUCAAUCCUCAGAUCAAGAACCCUCAUCAAGGACCUGGUCAACGCCGACGAUGUUGACGAGAUCUCUAUUGUUGACAACGCCACCACGGCCACCGCUAUCGUCCUCCAGAGGGUUGGGUGGGCCUUCACCGAGAACGUCUUCAAUAAGGGCGAUGCCGUCGUCAUGCUCCAUUAUGCUUAUGGCUCCGUCAAGAAGUCCAUCCAAGCUUAUGUGGCGCGUGCUGGAGGACACGUGAUUGAGGUCCAAUUGCCUUUCCCUGUGUCGUCGAGUGAAGAGAUUAUUGUGGAAUUCAAGAAAGCUUUGAACCUGGGGAGAUUGGAUGGGAAACGAGUGAGGCUUGCGGUGAUUGACCACAUAGCUUCGAUGCCGAGUGUGGUCAUUCCGGUGAAGGAGUUGACGAGGAUUUGUAGGGAGGAAGGGGUUGAUCAGGUUUUUGUGGAUGCGGCUCAUGCGAUUGGGAAUGUGGAGAUUGAUGUGAAGGAGAUUGGAGCAGAUUUCUAUACGAGCAAUUUGCAUAAGUGGUUCUUUUGUCCUCCUUCUGCGGCGUUUUUGUAUACUAAGAAGAGUUUGGCUUCUACUGAUCUGCAUCACCCGGUUGUAUCUCAUGAGUACGGGAAUGGGCUUGCAAUUGAGAGUGGGUGGAUUGGAACCAGGGAUUAUAGUUCACAACUUGUUGUGCCGGCAGCAAUUGAGUUUGUAAAUAAGUUUGAGGGAGGGAUUGAGGGGAUUCGGAGGAGGAAUCACGAGAAGGUGGUGGAGAUGGGGAAGAUGCUAGUAGAAUCGUGGGGGACGUGUUUGGGGACACCGGCUGAUAUGUGUUGUAGCAUGAUUAUGGUUGGUUUGCCAGAAUCUUUGCGGAUUGAAAGUCAGGAGGAUGCUAUGAAGCUCAGGGCACAUUUAAGAGAUGAGUUUAAGGUUGAGGUACCAAUAUAUUAUAACUCGUUGAAGGAUGGAUGUGUGGGAGAGAAGAACGGGGUUGGUUCGGUUUCUGGGUAUGCAAGGAUUUCGUGUCAGGUGUAUAAUGUGGAUGAUGACUAUUACAGAUUCAGAGACGCAGUUAAUAAACUUGUUAAGGAUGGAUUCACCUGCAGAAUGAUUUCAUCUAGCUAGGAAGUUUUCUUGGUGCCCCGAUAUAAUUUCAUCCGUCUUUCACUGGCUGGAGGAGCGUGGUAGGCUAUCAUCUGAUUGCAGUCGGUGUUAAACGGAUAAAUGGGUUCUCCCUUCUGAGCGGAACACUUCAAGUAAUAGUCACUUCUCACUGCUGCAUUUUAACAGUGGCGCUAUGCGCACAUGUAGUUCUAAACUCCAAUAAUCGUCAGCAAUUUGUGCAAUAUAUUACAUAAAUAAGGGUGUUUUCUGUAAACCUUAUGCCUAACUGAGAUUGUAGGGAGGACUUGUGUAUUUGUUGCAAGGUAGAUUUGGUAACUUAUGAGAAAUCAACUUGGGAAUUGAACGAUGGAUGUAUGUUUUCUUAUUAAGGGAUAGCUUUGGAUCUUUGGCA